ACCGCAGCAGCUGGAGCCGCCUCCCCGGGCGGGGCCUGUGCUUGUGCCGGCUCCGCUCCUCCACCCGCGCUCCCAGCGCCGCCAUCCCAGAUUUGAGGAACUGACUGGGAGAUGAAAAAGUAGAGAAGCUUCUAACUUCUGAAUAAAAAGCAGGUGGAAAAGCCAUGUACAGCACUGACACAAUAUGGCAACUGCUUAAGGAUCCUACCAGCCAAGAUGCCAGUCAGCAUUAAAGAUAUGAUGCAACUCUUGUGCCAUGUCUCUGAAGAGAAGAAAAUGAAGGCUGCAAUCAAGCAAUCUGGGCGAGGAGCGCUGCUAGCGGGUGCAACAGCUUUUUUGGGGGGCUUGGUAGGCGGUCCACCUGGAAUAGCUGUAGGGGGUGCGGUUGGUGGCUUGCUUGGAGCAUGGAUGACAAGUGGACAGUUCAAGCCAAUCCCACAGAUUUUACUGGAACUGCCUCCUGCUGAACAACAAAAGCUCUAUGAGGAAGCCUUUGCAAUUGUCAGGAAUUUAGAUUGGACUGAUAUUGUUGAAUUGACUGUACUGGUAAUGGCAAACGGUGCCCUCCAACAGAAGUUGGCAGGAGUGCUAAUAAGUUUUCUCACAAAAGAGCUAAAUGCAGAAAUACAGUAUGGAGAAUAAACCUUUCUGAAGAGUUUUUUUUUUCUUCCCUUUAUAAAGAAUUUUAUUCAGACAACUGUGAUCCUUUAACCUAGCAAUUACUAAUUAUUGGUGGCAAUUGUAAAGUCUAGAAAGUGUAGUAGACAGGUUUAAGUAUUUUGGUUUAUAUAAAGAUUAGACUCAAUUACUGCAUUAUCCUAAAACUGACUUACUGUGUAAUUGACCAUGGGUAAAAUUUUCAAAAGCAUUUUAGCGGUAUAGGGGCUUAACUCCCAUUUUUUUUAAAAAUGGGACUUGGGUCCUAAAGGUAUUUGGAUGCUUUUUGAAAAGCCUUGCCUACUGUCUGCACUUAUACUGUGAAGGUUGUUUGGAAGAAUGAAGAGAUUUUCUGGUGAUGUUCCUGAGCCUUUGUUUGGUCCCCAUCAUAACUUUGUCAUAAUUCUUGAAUCUUCUGUUUCCUUAUAGCUGUAUUAGAAAUCUGGCAAAUGCCAGGUUGGAUCUUAUUGGAGGGAGUAGAUAAAUUGUGCCCAGCAAGAUUCACCAUCUCCUAUUUCAUCUUAGAAUUGGGGUUGGCACCUCAACCUUGCCUUAUAGGGUAAAAAUAACUUUCUCUGAUUUGAAACUUGUUGAAUCUGAACUGUAGGUGUUAAUUGUUCCUCUUUUUCAUUAAAAUAUUCUUAAGAUGUAGAAGUACAAUCAACAAAUUUGAAAAGAACUCUUUAACCGAGCUGACCCGUCUUGAUGCUCCAGCAGUAAUGUAUGGAUUUCUUGUAGAAAAUAAUGUUCCCCUGCACUCCUAUAAAGUCUCCUGUUUGUGUGUGUGUUUCUUUUAAAACAAAUAAGUGGAAACUGGAAACUGAAAUCUGAGCAAGAAGGUAGAUUUUUACCACAUCAACCACUACCUCCUGAAUAAUGGUGGUGUGGGAUGUCUUCUCAUCUAGGCUAAAGUUGCAGACUCCAGAUGAUAUCAUGUUUGUUGUCUUCUCUUCACUAUGAACAAUGAAACAGCUGUAGGACUGUACAAAGCUGUAUAAAGGUGCCUUUUUAUAUCUGAAAAUCCUACAAGACAAGUGAAACUGUGUUUAUAUCUUUUUCUUUUCCUAGUAGCAGAAUACAAAUAAAGACUUUCUGUCAGGUUUCUGGGGAAUAGAUUUUAAUUAAAGUUUGCUGACUACCA